AGGAAGUGCGCAGCGCAGCGGCACGGCAGAGGGGGCUCUCCACGGGGCAGAAAUAAUACAAACUGUCGUAUAUAACCAGCAGCUGUUAUUCUUUACCGAUAAACAUGACAGCGACUGUUAUGUCUCCUUUCCUGGAAUACAGAGAAGUCUCCAACAAGAACAAUAAGAUGUUAAACUACAGCAACAACAACAACAGUCUUAGUGGACCUCAGCUGAAAUCUGCCCCAUGCUCCAGUGCCAAACUCUCCUCUUGCACCCCCACUGGGUCUCUGCUGGACAGGAGGGUGGUGGGGGCCCCCUCUGCAGGAGGCCUGUUCCAACGGCGUCAAUCAGUCAGCCCCCCCAAUACAAAGUUCAGCCAGAAUCAGUUUGUCAACAGCCUUAAAACGGAUCCUUCACUGUUGUUGGGUAGCAGCUGCAGCAGCAACAACAAGGAGAACCGUUUCCGUGAGCGCUCGUACUCAGAGCUGGGGGACAGGCUGCGUCCUGGUAAUCAGGUGAUGGUGGGUGCAAGCAGCCAAGUCAACUCAAGCCGCUAUAAAACGGAGCUGUGCCGACCGUUUGAAGAGAAUGGCACCUGCAAGUAUGGUGAUAAGUGCCAGUUCGCCCACGGCAUGCAUGAGUUGCGCAGCCUGAGUCGUCACCCAAAGUACAAGACUGAGCUGUGCCGCACUUUCCAUACCAUCGGUUUCUGCCCAUAUGGCCCCCGCUGCCACUUCAUCCACAAUGCAGAGGAGCGCCGCGGGCCCCCUCCCCUCUCUGCUUUCAACAAGGUGGAGCGACCUCGGCUGCAGCACAGCUUCAGUUUCGCCGGCUUCCCAAGCUCUGGUGGUUCGCAGGACAGCCCUACCUCUGUCACACCUCCACCCGUCUUCUCCACCGAAGACGUGACAGAGUGGCAGAGCAACCCCUUCACCUACUCCAGCCAGGAGCUUGCCAGCCUGUUUGGCCCGAGCUUGGGGCCCACACCUGUGUCUGAGCCUCAAGGUGGCCUGGCCCCACCUUCCCCGACCACCCCCUUCUUUUUUCAGCCCACAUCUGAGAGCCCCCAUGGCCCCCCAGACUCACUGUCUGACCAGGAGGGAUACCAGAGCAGCAUGGGCAGUCAAAGUGGCUCUGAGUCCCCCCUCCUGGAUGCCUCCCGUCGCCUCCCCAUCUUCAGCAGGCUCUCUGUCUCUGAUGAUUAAGGUGUCUGCAUCCCUGGGCCUGAGAUGGGAGUGAUGGAGGGGGAGAGAGAGAGAGAGAGAUACCAUUCAGCUUCAUAACUCCCUCCUCCUCCUCCUCUCAACUCUGUUUACAGCAGAAAACGCCUGGUCUGUGCAUUGAAGUUGUCGCCAGUGAGUCACAUCAGAACACCGUAUGCCUUUUCUCAUUUGAGGAUUGUCUUACCUUGCCUUAAGGUGUAACCCCCCCAGUCCCGAUCAAGUCUCUUCAAUAUGAUGAACAGUCGGUAAAGCAGAAUCAUUUUCAUGUUUGGGCCCUGUACUGGUGCCAUAGUAGGAGGAAUGCGAAUAAUUGUGAAGAGUAGCUCAGAGAUCCCAUUAUAAAGUAAUUUAAUAGGAGUGGCAGCAGGGUCUCUCUGUGUGUGUGUGUGUGUGUGUGUGUGUGUGUGUGUGUGUGUGUGUGUGUGUGUGUGUUCGUUCAGUACAGGGUUAUUGCCUGUUACUGCCUCUGCAACCUUUACACCUCCUACUGGCUUGUGACAUCUCAGUGUUGAACGUUUAAAGGAUCAUCACCAUAAAAUGAACAAGAGAAAGUCAGUAGACAGUAUUUAUAAAAGUGCCUUGGAGUUUAACCAUGACCAACAGUAAGCUUCUUCUAAUCGCCCAGAUUCCUGUUCCUCUGUCUUGUGUCAUUGUGUGUUUCCUUCAGUCAGGCUGGGAUUCUGGUGCUGUGGGCCCCCUUUCACUGAGCUGGUUGUGAGUUACCAUUCUCUGCGAUUUUGAGUGCACGCAAACUUUGAACAGAAUUCAAAACAAAAUUCUGGAGUUGGAAGUUCAGUUAAAGGGCCAUUUCACUCAAAUUACAAGAAAACAUUCUCUCACCUCAUGUGCCAAACAUGUAUGGUUUAGGCUUUCAGUGACCACAUUCGGACGUACCUGUCACUGAGAUUUCUGCCUCAUCUGCCAUCAUCUUUAUUUUCACUACAUUAAAGAAUGCGUUUGCAUUAAUUGAGCAUCACUUGUGGAUCAUCCACAGAGCACACUGGAGGCAGUUUGUUUUGUAGAUAGCUGUUCUCCCUGAAGUCAGGGACACUGCAGGUGUUAAAAAUUUGGAAUUCAACAAUUUGGCAAAGAAGGAAGAAAGAGAAUGUGCUGUUGUUGAAAAAGCAAUUGAAGAGAAUGUUGUCUUUCUUCUUUUUAUUUUGGUAAUUUGGGUAAUUGAGUGAGUCCUUCACAAAGUGCCAGUAGGCUAAGUCAACCUACAGUUGAUAGUUUCCUGCUCUUAAUCUGCCUCAAAGUUUUGAUCAUUAAACUCCAGCAGCUCAGAACCUUUUUUUCCCCCCCAGACCCUGUAGGUCAAUUCUGUGUCUGCGCUGAUGUCUCAGUCAGCUGUUUGAAAUCAUAUGAGCGGAAACUCCUGUUAAUUCCACCAUGUUCAAUAUUAUGAUCUUAUUAUGUUGGUUAUUAUAUUGGUUUGUUUCCCAAAGCCCUCAGAGUUCAGGCUUUGGCUGUCACUGCUUAUUUAUCAAAAUGUAUUUAUUGCUGAUCUUAAGCAUUUUUAUUUUGUAUUUAUCUGGUUAAUGAAACAAUAGAAUAUAUAUUUUCUGUUAUGUUAAAUUAUGAUCUUCCAUAUUAAUCGUAAGAUUGUGAAGACCUGUCUGUUAUUUUUAUUCACAGUUAAUAUAUUAUACUGCAUUGACUUUUUUUUGUAACACUUGAUUUAUUUUGAAAGUGAAUCUUAAUUUAAAACACAAAGGUUGUAUUUAUUAUUUGUUCCUCCCUCGUGUUGGACUGCGGGUCGGGUUCUCUGUUGCAGUCUGAAGCCACAUAUGCACUAGAAGUGUCAAAGUCCCACUAGAUGCUAGAGGCAUAGCUACAAGCUGUCUUUACAGAGAGGGGAUGACAUUCUGCAGCUGCCAUGAUCCAAUUCAAAUGAUGGAAAAAGCUAAUACAGUAAUUGCAAACUAAUCAGAUAACUGAGCUAGUUAACUAAGUAUGAAUGCACUCAAGGUGCAGGUGGUGCUGGUUUAACAGGGUUCUUCCAGCCAACGUAAACAACAUCUGGCUCUGUCACGUCUGCCGGAGAUGAUACACUGCCGUUGUGGUCAGAGUGCGUGUGUUUGUUUGUUUAUUUGUUUACCGGCUCUGUGUCUGGAGCAGCUCAUCACUCUAAAGUGUGAAAUUUACUGUGAAUGUAAAUAAAGGCCAAUAAUUCUUCAAUUACAGUUCAUGUGAAGGCCUUUGAACCAUGAUGGGAAAAUAGUUUUCUAUUCCUCAGAUACACAGAACAGUGCCUUCAGUGGGAAACCCUUUUCUACACAGCAUCUGCACAAAUCAUUUUGAACAGGUUAUUCAAAAGAGACUAUGUUGGUCAACUGAAUUUGAUUGAAUUCUGAACCCUGUUGAAAUCUCCCACCUGCCCUCUACAGAAUGUCAGAUCUCCGAUGGAGUAGUGUGUAGUGUUGACCAUAGCUUCCAGUGUGUCCAGGCCUCUCAUUCCUGUUGUAGCUCGUUCUCUACAGUGCAGACUGGCUCUGGAAUAGUCCUGUACUCACAUCAGUGUCCUGUGAUGAUCAGUUACUAAAUCAGUUUUACUGACAAAAACAUUAAUUCCUAAUUUGAAAGGAUAACAGGCACAUACCUGUUCCACUGCAUCAUGCACCGACUUACCAGCACUUUGAAUUAUCAUCAUGAUGAUGUAAAGGUUAUUUUUGACCACUUUCUCCAACGAAGUGCCUAUAAAUACAUUCCAGGUUUCCCAAAUGUUGUGUUGAUAUGUUUCUGUAACAGAGCAGUUAAAAGUCUAAAGUGUAUUCACACAUGAAAAGCACCUGUUGAAUGUAUUCUCCAGCAGUCGUGGCUGUCACUACAGUAAUGACUUUGUGUCUGGUUUAUUUUGUAAUGACAGAUUGCAGUUAAAACCAAUAAAACAUCUUUAUAUUGAG